UAGAGGGUCCAACGGCAACUGGGGUCAGGGCGCCUGGUAAAUCAGAGCGCAGACGGGGAGGGGGAGUUGGGGAUGUGCCCGGGGCAUCAGGUGGAGGGGCACCCUGGCACACAAUCAGGCACGCCAUCAGACAAUCAGUCGCACCAUCAGACAAUCAGACGCACGCCCCGGUGCCUGGGGACGCCACCGGCCUCCCGCGCACGGGGCUCCGUUAUUUCAUCAGCACUUUCAGAAGAACUCGCCAAAAGCUGUUAUGGCUCGCUGCAAUGUGUAGCUUUUUCCUGCCGUUUUUUUUUUUCAUAAUAAAAGAGGGAGUGAAGCUCACUCACUCUCCACCCCCCCUCUCCCAAAAAGAGCCAAAUGGAUCCGAGAAGGGGGGAAAAAAAAACCCAAACCACGCACACCAAUCUCGGAGGGGAUGCCAGUGAGGUGUGGCUUGUAUUUAAAUACCCAAUAUGUCAAUGUAAGGGGAGUGAGUGCGGAUGUAUAUAAAGUGGCGUUCGCCUGUGAUAGCCGGACACACCGAGGGAUGAAAGGCAGCCCGAGAUCAAGGCCCAGGGGCCCCGCCACUUUUGUUCCCAGCGCCGUGCAGCAGCCGUCCCAGCAGCGCGCUCCCCGCCGCCGCCGCCGCCGCUGAGCGAGCCGAGCAGGUCCCCCGGCCGGCCACGACUUGGGCCACCCGCCCGCCAGCCUGCGGCCCAGAGACAGACAGAGCGAGCGAGCGAGAGAAGCCAGAGCCCGGGAAGCAGGGAGCUCAGCCCCAGCCCUGCAGCCCUGCCUGCUCCCCUCGCCCCUGCUCGCCCUCCGCUCCCCCAGCCAGGGAGCCAGCCAGCCAGCCAGCCCGCGGCGCACACACCCGAGCGCGCACACACUCACCCUCACCCUCACACACACACAUACACACACACACACACACACACACGCACACGCUCUCUCACACACCCCCUACGGUGGCCGGGGCCAUGGCCGAGCUCGGGGGGGCUCUGGGCGCCUCUCUGGACUGGGACGUGCAUGGCUUCUCGUCGUCCCUGGGGAGCAUGCCCUUAGCCGACUCCCCGGGCUUCCUGACCGAGCGGCUGGGCCAGAUCGAGGGCAAGCUGCAGCGCGGCUCGCCUACCGACUUCGCCCACCUCAAGGGGAUCCUGCGGCGAAGACAGCUCUACUGCCGGACCGGCUUCCACCUAGAGAUCUUUCCCAACGGGACUGUGCACGGCACCCGGCAAGACCACAGCCGCUUCGGAAUCUUGGAAUUUAUCAGCCUGGCUGUGGGACUGAUCAGCAUCCGGGGAGUGGACUCAGGCCUGUACCUAGGGAUGAAUGAGCGUGGCGAGCUAUAUGGCUCGAAGAAACUCACCAGAGAAUGUGUUUUCCGGGAGCAGUUUGAAGAAAAUUGGUACAAUACGUAUGCAUCCACCUUGUACAAGCAUUCAGACUCGGAGAGACAAUAUUACGUGGCCCUGAACAAAGACGGCUCACCCCGAGAGGGUUUCAGGACUAAGAGGCACCAGAAGUUCACCCACUUCUUACCCAGGCCUGUUGACUCCUCCAAGAUGCCCUCCAUGUCCAGAGACCUCUUCCGCUAUAGAUGAUGUGAUCACCUGGCCUCUGUUUCCCCUCCCCUGCCCCCCCAGUGGUGGGGCCACAGUUAUGUCCUUGAGCUCUAUACUCAUAGCCUUUCAAGCCGUCCUUUUUAACAACUUCGAUAACAGAGAAGCACUUAAGUUGAACUCAAUCCA